CUGCCAGUCCUGUCUGUGGGCCCGGCUUGCUCACAGGAAGUUCCGGCUGGGGCAAGGUUCUAGUACCCGGCCCAGCGGGUGGCCACGAUGCGGCUGCGCUCCGGGGCCUUCGCCGCCAGCUGCGUAGCAGUUGAAGUCAUCGGGGUCGCUAUAUUUCUUCGGGGAUUCUUCCCCACUCCGGUUCGUUCCUCUGCCAGGCCGGAGCACCGAGCGGAGACCCCGGCGCCCGAGCCUGUAGCCGGAUCCAGUUCAAACUGGACAAAGCUGCCACCACCUCUCUUCAGUAAAGUUGUUAUUGUGCUUAUAGAUGCCUUAAGAGAUGAUUUUGUGUUUGGAUCAAAAGGUGUGAAGUACAUGCCCUACACAACUUACCUGAUAGAAAAAGGAGCAUCUCAUAGUUUUGUGGCAGAAGCAAAGCCACCCACAGUUACUAUGCCUCGAAUCAAGGCAUUGAUGACAGGGAGUCUACCAGGCUUUGUUGAUCUCAUAAGGAACCUCAAUUCCCCUGCGCUUUUAGAAGACAAUGUGAUAGGACAGGCAAAGGCUGCUGGGAAAAGAAUGAUCUUUUAUGGAGAUGAAACAUGGGUUAAAUUGUUCCCAAAGCAUUUUGUGGAAUAUGAUGGAACAACAUCAUUCUUUGUGUCAGAUUAUAUAGAGGUAAGUUUCUUUUUCUCUAGGCAUCUACCCAUGCUGGUGGGGCAGGCGGAUCUCUGUGAGUUCAAGGCCAGCCACUAUCUAGGGCUAGACCACAUUGGCCACAUUUCUGGGCCCAGCAGCCCCCUAAUUGGGCACAAGCUCAAUGAAAUGGACAGUAUCCUGAUGAAGAUUCAUACCUCACUGCUGUCAAAGGAAAGAGAGACUCUCUCACCCAGUUUGCUGGUUCUCUGUAGUGACCAUGGAAUGUCUGAGACAGGGAGCCAUGGAGCCUCUUCCACAGAGGAAGUAAGCACACCUCUGAUCUUAAUCAGCUCUGCAUUUGAAAGGAGACCUGGUGAUAUCCGACACCCAAAGCAUGUCCAGCAGACUGACUUGGCUGCAACACUAGCAAUAGGACUUGGUUUGCCGAUUCCCAAAGAUAAUGUAGGGAGCCUCUUAUUCCCAGUUAUAGAAGGAAAAUCAAUGAGAGAACAACUGAGAUUUUUGCAUUUAAAUACAUUACAGCUUAGCAAACUAUUACAAGAGAAUAUACCAUCAUAUGAAAAAGAUCCUGGAUUUGAGCAAUUUAAAAUGGCAGAAAGGUUGCAUGGGAACUGGGUCAAACUGCACUUGGAAGAAAACCAUUCAGACAUCCUGCUUGGCCUGGGGACCAAAGUCCUCAGGCAGUACCUUGGUGCCCUGAAGACUCUCAGUCUGUCCCUGAGCACACAAGUGGCCCAGUAUGACAUCUAUUCAAUGGUGAUAGGGACUGUCGUGGUUUUAGAGGUUCUCACCCUGCUCCUCAUUAGCAUCCCACAUGUGCUGUGCAGAAAGGCUGAACUGGACAUUGCUCUGUUGUCUCCUGUUUUUUCUCUGCUCUUUUAUUUGAUAUUUCUGGUUCUUACGGCCAUUCACGUCGUGGUGUGCACUUCGUCUGAGAGCUCAUGCUACUUCUGCAGCUUCCCAUGGCUGGCAGCAGGGGGCGUGAUGGUGCUAGUUUCUGCACUGCUCUGUGCAAUUUUGUCUGCUCUGGCCAGGAUGGUCAUCGAUGGCACUCUGUUGAGGAAGAAUGCAGCUCAUCCCAACUUAGAGUGGUCAGAAGUGGAACUCCUUCUUCUGCUGGGCACAGUGGGCCAUGUCCUGAGCCUGGGAGCCAGCAGCUUUGUGGAAGAAGAGCACCAGACUUGGUAUUUCCUUGUUAAUACCCUGUGUCUGGCUCUGAGCCAGGAAACCUGUAGGAGCUACUUUCUGAGAGAUGACUAUGGACCUCAGCAUCACUUCCAUGUGGAACAAGGAUUUGAAGGCAUCUUUGCCUGUACCCUACAGGACAGCACGGGCUACAGUGUCCCUAAGCCUGACAGAGCGGGUAAAGGCAUCCCCCUGGCUGAAGCACAAGGAGGCUAUAAGUGGUGGGCAGUGCUGGCAAGUCCAUGGCUAGUGCUGGUUUGCUGCCGGCUGCUGCGGUCCUUGAACCAGACAGGAGUACAGGGGGCCCAUCGGCCUGACCUCAGCCACUGGCUUACCAGCUCUGACCACAAAGUACAACUCUCGGGCCUAGCUGCCCUCUCUCUGCUUGUGAUCUUCAUGCUGAUUCAAAGGGGGUGCUCCCCCAUGUCCAAAGUAGCUCUAGCACUCGGGCUGCUGGGUGUCUUCUGCUAUAGAGCCGCUAUUGGAAAUGUGCUAUUCCCGUGGCAACCAGACAACAAAGGCAUUUCAAAGGGUAUUAUUGAAGCUCGUUUUGUUUAUGUGUUUAUCCUUGGCAUUCUGUUCAUGGGCACCAAAGACUUGCUUAAGUCACAAAUCAUUUCUGCAGACUUCAAAAUCAAGACUGUAGGUUUUUGGGAGAUAUAUAGUGGAUUAGUUCUUCUGGCAGCAUUGCUCUUGAGACCACAUAAUCUUCCAGUGUUAGCAUUUAGUCUCUUGAUUCAGACCAUAAUGACUAAGUUCAUCUGGAAGCCCCUGAAACAUGAUGCAGCUGAGAUCACUGUAAUGCAUUAUUGGUUUGGUCAAGCAUUCUUCUAUUUUCAGGGUAACUCCAACAACAUUGCCACCAUCGACAUCUCAGCAGGCUUUGUGGGUUUAGAUACCUACAUGGAAGUUCCAGCCACAUUCCUGACAGUGUUUGGAACAUAUGUGGGGCCUGUGCUCUGGGCCAGCCACCUUGUGCACUUUCUGAGCUCAGAAGCAAACAGUGGUUCAGCACUGAGCCGUGCUUGCUUCUGCUACGCACUGAUUUGCUCUGUUCCAGUUGCCACAUAUAUUAUUCUGGUGACAUCUCUGCGAUAUCAUUUAUUCAUAUGGAGUGUAUUUUCUCCAAAGCUUCUCUAUGAAGGAAUGCACCUGCUCAUCACAGCUGCCCUCUGUGUAGUGUUCACGGCCACAGACCAGACCAGCUAUACAAGGGCUUAGAUAGAGACAGACACUUGGAGCUUAUGCACUUUUCAGUCACUGUGUCAGGUAUUUGAAUAUUGAAAAACUGCUUAUGUGCAAGAUGAUUCUGAAAAAAAAAGGAAGCCUAUAAAGUUAAUGGGUAGCUUAAUUAUAAUUGAAUUUAGAUUAAAUAGUGUUAUUUUAAUAAAAAGAUCACUUUAAAAUAUGC